UUGACUUCUUUCACUAUACAAAGCUAUGUCCCAAAUCAUCCGACAGUACUCUUCCAACAUCUUAGAGAAGGAAAAGAAUAAGAACCCCAAUCCUUCACAAGAAAUCUCAAUAUUGGUCAUGUGUUAAACCCAAUAGAGAAGCCAAGGUAAUUCUAAGAGAACUUUUAACAAACAAGUGAUCCCCAUUCUCAGCUUCCAAGAUUACCAGCUAUCAAGAGCUGUGGCUUUGUAUUUAAACAAACAAGCACUUCCAAUAAGACCCACAAAGGAGAAAUACUGAAUUGACCCUGUUUUUUCUUUCAUCCUGUCAUUUUCUCACACGUUUAUUAGAAGGGAUAAGACCCGUUCGUUAGUGUCAAGGCCAAAGAGAUGAAAAAAGGGAAGUUGGGUUGGGGGAUGGGAGUGGUAGUGAUGUUAAUGUUGAUUUUAGAGUCAUCGGCUGCAAGUGGUGGGCUUGGAUGGAGGAAGGCGAUGCAGCCUCCAGAAAGGCCGCCAUUAAUGGUAGCCAAUCGAGUUGCAGCAUCAUCCGUGGUGAUUCCACUUCAUGGGAAUGUUUAUCCUACUGGGUACUAUAAUGUCACAAUCCAAAUAGGCCAACCACCAAAGCCUUACUUUCUAGAUGUAGAUACUGGAAGUGACCUCACAUGGCUUCAGUGCGACGCUCCAUGCGUCCAUUGCACAGAGGCACCUCACCCAUAUUACAGACCCAACAAUGACCUUGUAAGCUGUGACGAUCCGCUAUGUAAGUCCUUACAAUCAAAUGGUGGAAACAGGUGUGAUUCGGGGCAAUGUGACUAUGAGGUUGAGUACGCAGAUGGUGGUUCAUCCCUUGGCGUCCUUGUCAGGGAUGUCUUUCCUCUCAACUUUACAAAUGGAGCUCGGUCUAGCCCUCGUCUCGCCCUGGGGGAUGUCAUUCCCCUCAACUUUACGAAUGGAGCUUGGUCCAGCCCACGUCUUGCCCUUGGAUGUGGAUAUGAUCAAUCACCCAGUGCAUCUAACCAUCCUUUGGAUGGAAUACUUGGCCUUGGUAGAGGAAAAGCCAGCAUCAUCUCUCAGCUUAGCAGUCAGGGUUUUGUUCGAAAUGUCGUUGGCCACUGCUUAAGUGGGAGAGGUGGAGGAUACCUCUUCCUUGGAGAUGAAAUAUACGAUUCAUCUCGUGUAACAUGGACAGCACUGUCACAGGAGCACCCCAAACACUACUCACCUGGUUAUGCGGAACUUUAUUUUUCUGGGAAGACUACUGGCUAUAAGAAUCUGUUUGUAACAUUUGACAGUGGUAGUUCAUAUACUUACUUCAACUCCCAGGCAUACCAAGGUUUAAUUUAUUUGGUGAAGAAAGAAUUACAUGGCAAACCGUUGAAGGAGGCGCUUGAUGACCAGACACUCCCGCUCUGCUGGAAAGGACGAAAACCGUUUAAAAGUAUACGCGAUGUCAAAAAAUACUUCAAGCCCUUUGCACUGAGCUUCACAAAUGGUGGGAAAUCUAGAAGUACUCUGUUUGAAUUCACUCCAGAAACUUAUCUUAUAAUAUCAUCGAAAGGAAACGUGUGCAUGGGAGUUCUAAAUGGUACUGAAGUCGGACUCGGAAAUUUGAAUCUCAUUGGAGAUAUAUCGAUGCAAGACAGAAUGGUGAUCUACGACAACGAAAAGCAAAUCGUGGGGUGGGUACCUGCAAAUUGUGACAUAAUCCCCAAGUCCAAAAGUAGCUCAUUUUGGUGAUGGUGAGCAGAGAAUACUACUGCUCUCAUUGUUCUGAUUAUGCAGUUACCAUUAGAGAAUAAUAACUCCUGAAGAAAUUCUUCUGUAAAGAAUAUGCAGGGAAAUUAUUAUAGAUUAGAUAUGAUUACUCCUUAAAGAAAUUCUUCUGUAAAGAAUAUUCAGGGAUGAUUAUAGAUUAGACAUGAAUACAUGAUUACUCCUGAAGAAAUUCUUCUGUAAAGAAUAUGCAGGGAAAUGAUUAUAGAUUAGAUAUGAUUUCUGUACAGAAUACUGUAGUUUAUAUUCACAGUGUGUAUAUAUAUGUUUUUAGUGGG